AUGCUAUCCAAGGUGUGCAUCUUCCUGUUUACUGUACUGGUGUCAAGUGUGGUAUCAGCCACUCUGAACGGUACCUUAAGUUCAAAUCGAGCCGACAAUCCGUACACGGACAUGAAUAUUCAACUAACCUUCGCGGAAGCUUGGCGUCAUUGUGCAUCCAAGGGGCUACAACUGCCUACGAUUACAUCGCAGAACGAAUUCAACAACUUCCUGCUAGCUAUUUCGUCGGACAUGAAUGGAAACUGGUGGCUUGGGGGUGUAGAUUUCGGAGACCAACCGGGAACAUUUGUGUGGAUCCACAACGCGGAACCUGUGCAAAAUCCGAACGGCUACACCAACUGGGGUAAGGGAGAACCCAAUAAUGCAGGUGAGUACGAUUGUUUCUUCAUGCUAGGUGAUAGCACAGACUGUGAUGAUAGUUCGUAG